GCGUUUUGAUGGCCUGCUGUCUUUAUAUUAUCUGCAGUUUCUGUCAUUGAUUGUUCCCUUGCUUUUAUUGAAUUGGAGUAGAUAGCAAAUACCGCUCUCAAGAAGAUGGAAGCCAAGGUCAAGGAAGAAAAAGAAGAGACAAGUCUCAUGAAGAACAAUCUGGCAGAGACGAAAGCCAUGCUGGAAGAGAUGGAAUCAGUGCUUAACCAACUGAAGGGAGGAGUUUAUGCUAUGAGGAUCUGGAUGCAGAUAACUUAAUAUUGUAUUGCUAUAAUGAAAUUACCAUUGUUGAGUUGCGUCAACUGGCUUUGUGCAGUGAAUAAUCUGUUGUGUGUCCCAAUUGUCUUUAUUCAUGUGAGUGCUGGCCAUGUUUCUUUGAUAUUGGGGAUUGGUGGCAAUGAAGAAUGGAAGACUGGAGCUUAUUUUGGCCACGCACACCAGCUGUUUGAUCCAAUGCUUGUGUGGGGAUGUGGGUUCUGCAAUACAUGCAGAGGUUGUACAAAGUAGGACUGAUCCCAUAUAUAUUUUCAGAUUGAUGAUCUUUGUAUUUGCAAUGCAUGUUACAGUUGUACCAUCUUAAAUAAAGUAUUAUCAUCGUU